CCAAACUGACAUACUCUGGUUUUUUCUCUCUGGACUUUUAAGAAUUUUCUUCUGGUUUGCUUGUAUUUCUGUUGGUGAUUCGAGUGCCUGGAACAUGGCACUUCUCUCAGACAAGGGUUACUCUGGGACUGAACUCCUAGACCUGCUCCUGGAGCCCCAUAUGGUCCCUCACAUGAACAGCAAUGGUUACCAUGGCAACCCAGCCUGGUCAAUCACAGAUCAAAGCAUUCUGUGUCAUGGUGAAGGUGUUGUUGAUAACUUCUUGGACUCCCUGUUGCAAGCGUCAGAUGACGUGUCACAGCCCUGCUCUCCUCUGUGGGUCCCCUCCCCCUCUGACAGCGGAAUCAGUGACGACACCCCGUCUGACCACCCGGACAGCCCGCCGCCCGUCCACCAGCCCGCUUUUCAACUCCAUCUAUCUCCCUCAGCAUCCUCAUCUUCUCCCUCAGCAUCUUCAGCAGCAGGACGCACCUGUCGCAAACACAGAGACUGA